AUGGGAGGAAGCGAUCAACAGGCUAAAGACCAAGAGAUGACGAAAAAUGCUCAGGAGGAUUGUGAAAAACCUGAAGAUGUCGGCAAUAUAUCAGACGAAGGCAAUGGAAUUGUUAGUGAAGCAUUACCUUCAGAGUUCGGCUAUCUCCAGCGCAAUGAGUUCACAUCCGAAAUAUAUAAAAUUGAAGUUCGAAAUCUGGGCUACUUCGGAAUAGGGGAAUUUAAAAAACUAUUGAAAAAUAAGCUCAAGCUGGACAUGAGCAAGAUUAAAUCGCCUCUGCGCAAAGAUUUUGCAUUUGUUUGCUUUAGGAGCCAGGAGGAUCAAGAAAAAGCAUUGUCGCUGUUAAAUGGAUACAAAUGGAAGGGGAAAGUUUUACAAGCACAGAUUGCAAAGGCCUCAGCUGACCCAUUGCAACGCAAAAGGAAAGAAGCCGGAUCCAACGACGAUGUUGAUUCUAAAAAGCGACAAAGAUCUUCAGCGGAUGCAACAUGUCCAUUGUCGGGUAUGCCAUACGAGGACCAAUUAAAACAGAAGGACUCCAAUAUGAAGGAGUUAAUAAAAACAUUUGUAGAUGAAUUAAAGAAAACCAACAAAGAUUCGAACAAUCAUUUGGCAAAGUUCCAAUAUGAAGGGGUGCUUCCGUCGCCAGAAAUUGACGGCUACCGAAACAAAAAUGAAUUUACUAUAGGUAAAAAUAGCCAAGGUGAGAUUGUGGUUGGAUUUCGUUUAGGUAGUUACGCUGAUGGUUCAGUGGAAGUUGCCGAAGUGGAGUCUCUGCCACACAUUCCCGAUUCCGCGAAGUGGGGAGCAAAAUCCUUCCAACAUUUCGUCAGAAAAUCUAGAUUUCAACCGUUCAAUCCCGAGGCAAACUCUGGUCAUUUUAAACAGUUGAUGGUUCGGACGUCUUCGUCGAACGCUAAUGAAAUUAUGUUGGUUGCGGGUAUUUACUCUUCUAACUUAUGUGAAAGUGAUUUGAUGGAACUGAAACAGGAUUUAAAAGAAUAUUAUGCCAACCUCCAGGAAAGCGGCUUUAAAUGUACCUCUUUGUACUACCAAGAUGUAAAACACCGGGAAGCUGGUCAAAUGGUUUCGCCUGUGGAACAUCUUUGCGGCUCAACACAUAUCUUCGAUACAAUUCAUGGUCUCAACUUUAGAAUCAGUCCGUUGGCAUUUUUUCAAAUUAACACUGCUGGCGCCAAUGUACUGUAUCAGAAGGCCAUUGAUUUGGCUGCUCCUAAAGCUCAUUCCACGGUUUUAGACAUUUGUUGCGGAACUGGGACAAUUGCACUCGCAUUUGCUAAGCAUUGCAAACAAGUUUUGGGUGUUGAAAUAAUCCCGGACGCCAUAAAAGACGCAGAAUUCAAUGCAGAAAACAAUAAAAUAAAUAAUUGUAAAUUUUACGCUGGAAAUGCGGAUGACUAUAUACAAUCCAUGGUACGUGAAGUUACCUACGGCACACCUCCCGGAUCACCAUUAGAUCUUAUUGCCGUUGUUGAUCCACCUAGAGCAGGAUUGCAUAACCGCUCAAUUUCGGCAAUUCGAGCGGCUGCUGCAAUUAAACGGUUAGUGUACAUAUCCUGCAAUCCUCAACGAGCUCAACGAAACUGGAUUGAGCUGGGACGACCACAAUCUAAACAAUAUAAAGGGGAUCCGUUUUAUCCAGUGACAGCGGUUGCGGUUGAUAUGUUUCCACACACAAGCCACACAGAAAUGGUUAUCCUGUUUGAAAGAACAGGCAAUGACGAAAAUCAAACAUCAUGUGCCGAACACCAUUCAAAGCAUUUAGGAGACGGGACAGAUAACCAGACAUCAUAA